AAGAAACACGAUGUCAAGGUUAAAUUGGAAUAAAUGUAACCUUAACUUUAAAGCUUCGUUUUAAAUAACGUGAAUUAUCGGUCACAAGUGCGUCUGAAUAACUGCUGGGUGUUCGUAUUGGAGGUAUUAGAGGAGAAUUCUGAUCCAUAUAAAUUAUGGCAGAGCAAAUGGAGAUUGCAAACCCCAAAUUAGUUCAGGAAGAGAUCAUUGGUGAAUCACACGAUUGCCAUGCCAAAAGGAAGGCAACAUCCUGUGAGGAAAUCUGCAGCGAUUGCACGCAUUCCCAUAGAAAUCGAAAAGCGGCCAGGUUACACGAACCUAUAGCAGUGGAGAGGUUAAAAGACCGGUCUUCGCAAUCAGACGAAAUGGUUCCGUUAUGCGAUCCAUGCAAGGAUAAUGAUAUCAAUUCUUGUUCAAUGAAUUACUGCAAAGUAUGUGAAGAAUAUCUUUGCGAAACAUGCACAAAAAGCCACAGAACAAGAAAAGCUACGAAAACACAUGAUCCUGUCCCAGUGCUUUUGCUGCAACAAGACGCCGAAGACGAAGAAACAAACGUGAACCAAGAUAGAAAACUAUGUUUCUCAUGUCUGAUUAUAGACAUAAACAAAGCAGCAAAAUCAUUUUGUGUUGAAUGCGAGGAACUGCUCUGUGCAGAAUGUACAAAUCAGCAUCGUUCAAAAAAGUUAACUAAAUUACAUACACUCGAAAGUCCUGAAUGUGUUGAAUACGUUACCAAAUUGUGCGAUAUCUGUAACUUGAAAGAUAAAAAAGUAGUUAUGUUUUGUAACACUUGUGGAGAUGCACUAUGUCAAGCUUGUGCACAGAAUCAUAAAAGACAAAACGUCUCCAAAACACAUUCCACUGAAUCAGUUAAAGGCAAAGUACUGAGAAGGAUAAUAACGUGUGAUCCAUGUUCAACUAAUGACGAAAGAACGAAAGCACAAACAUACUGCAAAGAAUGCGAAGAAAAUUAUUGUGAGAUUUGCACACGCCACCACAGGACACAAAAGGCGACGAAAAAGCACGAACUGAUCAGUCCUGCAUCUAUUAACCUUAAAGAAACAACUAAGCCGGAAGUAAAGAUUUGUGGAGAGUGCGAAGAAGAAAAGAAUACAUGUAAAUAUUGUUCUACAUGCCAACACUAUUUGUGUGACAAAUGCUGCGAGAUGCACAUUCGUAGUAAGUUUACCAAGGACCAUACGGUACUAGAGCCUGGGGAGAUUGAAGAUAGGAAACAACAUGAUUGUGAAUCCUGUAAUACCGCUGGAGCAGCGCAAUUCUACUGUGAACAAUGUAAAGAAUUCUUUUGUAAAAAUUGUAAUAAACAGCACCAGAGGUUAAAAGCCACAAGCAACCACAACCUAGUUUCAGUUGAGGAGGGCAUGAUUCAAAGAACUGCUAAUCUGGACAAGGGCGAGAGCACCCAAUUGAGAGUCCAAGAUAAUGAAAAAUUAGACGUCAUACUUACCAAGCGAGUUGAACAGCCUAAACCGGAUUAUCCUGGAAAACCAAGAGCUUCAGAUGUCCUUGCAGAUGCUAUAACUCUGUUGUGGGAUGCACCAUCAAAGUUUGGAGAUGAUGACUAUUAUCAAGUUAGUUACAAGGACCUCGAUCACGAAAAGAAAUGGAAAUUCUUUCAAGGCGAAUUUAAGACUACUACUGCUUUACUUAGCGACUUAAAGUCAAAUACAGCAUUUAUUUUCCGUGUUCGUGUAGUAUAUGAGGAUAGUGAGGGCCCGUACAGCGAGGAAAGUGACAAAAUACUUACAUUAGAUUCACCAGCUUCAAGAAUCGUAAAGUUUUCUGUGGAGAAAGAGAAAGGAAAUCCAUCACCAGCAAAAUAUGCAUUGCCAACAACCGAAAUAAGAGCGGCGAGAAAUGAAAGAGCGAAAACAAAGAAAUUCGAAAUUGGUGCACAUCCUAUGCAGGACGGAAAAUCAAAGACAAUUUUGCUGGUAGGGGCUACAGGGACAGGAAAGAGUACAUUAGUUGACGGAAUCGUAAACUAUGUAUUAGGUGUCAAUUGGGAUGAUCCAUUUAGAUUUACAGUGAUAGAUUUAGAAACAGAAGAAAAGGACAGGGAGAACAACCAGGCUCUCAGUCAAACGGAAUGGAUAACCUGUUACACACUUAAUCCAGAAAAAGGUAGUCGACUUAAUUAUCAGUUGCAUAUUAUAGACACUCCUGGAUUUGGAGACACACGGGGAUUGAAUAGAGAUCAGGAGAUUGUUGAGCAAAUACGGGAAUUAUUCUCUGAAACAGAAGCAAAAGGCGUCACGUUUAUAGAUGCAGUAUGUUUCCUUAUUAAAGCCCCGGACGCACGUCUUACUGCUGUUCAGAGUUACAUUUUUCAAUCGAUAAUGUCAUUGUUUGGUAGAGAUAUUGAGAAAAAUAUUUGUUCUCUUGUUACAUUUGCUGACGGUAUAGAUCCACCUGUCUUAGCAGCACUUAAACAAUCUGGGUUGCCUUUCGGGAAGAGCUUCACUUUCAAUAAUUCUGGGCUAUUUGCCAGAAAUGCGGACAUAAGUACUGCGAGUUUGUCUCCAAUGUUCUGGGACAUGGGGUUAAAAAGUUUUCGUGCUUUCUUUAAGCAUAUAGAGCAAGUGGAAACAAAAAGCCUGAAAACAACAAAGGAAGUCCUUGACGAGCGAGCACGACUGGAGGCCACUGUGAAGAAUCUACAACCACAACUGGACGCGGGACUAUCGAAGGUGAAUGGCCUCAAGCAGGAAAUACAGAUUAUUGAGCGAAACAAAUCCUUGAUAAAAGAUAAUAAGAAUUUUGAAUAUGAAGUUGACGAAACAAAACAGAAAAAAAAGGAAUUGCCACGUGGUCAACAUGUGACCAACUGUACAAACUGUCAUUUCACAUGUCAUGAAAACUGUGCGUUUGCGAACGACCACGAGAAAGCUAGAUGCAUUGCAAUGGACCAGUCCACUGGCAACUGCAAGAUUUGUCCAGACAAAUGCCACUGGCAGAAACAUGCUAACACACCGUAUAUAUUUGAGUAUAUAACUGUCAAAGUGAAGAAAAAGUACGCUGACAUGCAACAAAAAUAUAAAGAGGCAACUGGAAAACUGCUGACGCAGGAACAAAUAGUAGAAAAGCUUGGGGAAGAACUUAACGACCUACUGGAUGAUAUUGAAGAUAUGAUGGCCGUUAUAAAAUCAUGCAACGAACGUUUGAAAGAAAUUGCACUCAGACCAAAUCCAUUAUCAAUGACAGAACAUAUCGAUUUGAUGAUUGAAAAUGAGAAACUUGAAAAGAAAGAUGGGUUUUUACAGCGCAUAAACAUUCUGAAUGACUUUAGGAAAAGGGCUCAAAUAUCUAAGGAUUUUGAGCAGUUUAGUAAAGAAGCUCAUUCGACGCUAGGUGCUGCUGGAAAAAAGAGAAAUCGUGACACAAAAUCCCUGCUAGCAAGAUUCGGGGCCUGGUUUUCGAAUAAGAUAUUCUGAAUAUCAAUACAGUUGAUGGUCCUGACAUUACUGAAAUCAAAACACCAAAUGCACAAAAACAACGUGCGAUUAUUUGUAUAUAUAUCUUUUACUCACUUCAUUACCUCUCGUGAACAGACUCAAUCAAACCGAGUCUGCUAUUAUUAUGUCUCCCACCACGCAGUGGUGUGGGAGACAUAUUGAUUUACUCCAGUCUGUCUGUGUGUCUGUCUGUCACAAAGCUUGUCCGCACUCUAAGUCGAACAUUUCUCAUCCGAUUUUCACCAAACUUAAACAAAAUGUGUUUGACCAUAAGACCUCAGCCAAGUUCGAUAACUAGCUAAAUCGGCCAAGACACUUCGGAAUUAUGGCCCUUGACAAUAAUUUAUGAAUCACCUAGAUGCAUAAAAAUGCUGAAGUCUUCAUUCUCAAACAUGCACCAAAAACCAUUCAUCUUGUCCGCACUCUAAGUCGAAUAUUUCUCAUCCGAUCUUCACCAAACUUGAAUAAAAUGUGUUUGACCAUAAGACCUCAGCCAAGUUCGAUAACUAGCUAAAUCGGCCAAGACACUUCGGAAUUAUGGCCCUUGACAAUAAUUUAUGAAUCACCUAGAUGCAUAAAAAUGCUGAAGUCUUCAUUCUCAAACAUGCACCAAAAACCAUUCAUCUUGUCCGCACUCUAAGUCGAAUAUUUCUCAUCCGAUCUUCACCAAACUUGAACAAAAUGUGUUUGACCAUAAGACCUCAGCCAAGUUCAAUAACUAGCUAAAUCUGCCAAGACACUUCGGAAUUAUGGCCCUUGACAAUAAUUUAUGAAUCACCUGGAUGCAUAAAAAUGCUGAAGUCUUCAUUCUCAAACAUGCACCAAAAACCAUUCAUCUUGUCUGCACUCUAAGUCAAACAUUUCGUAUCCGAUCUUCACCAAACUCGAACAAAAUAUGUUUGCAAAUAAGACAUUGGCCAAAUUCGAUAACUAGCCAAAUCGGUUAAGACACUUCGGAAUUAUGGCCCUUGACAAUAACUAAUGAAUCACAUAGACUCAUAAAAAUGCUGAAGUCUUCAUUCUCAAACAUGCACCAAAAACCAUUCAUCUUGUCCGCACUCCAAGUCAAACAUUUUUUAUCCGAUCUUCACCAAACUUAAACAAAAUGUGUAUGACCAUAAUUCCUCUCCCAGAUUCGAUAACUAGCAAAAUUGGCUUAGGCACUUCAGAAUUAUGGCCCUUGAAUUACUGAAAAUCAGCCAUUUUACUCUUCAAAGGUAUAUUUGUUGUGACUAAACAGUAUAAAAACACUGACUUAGAUGAUUAGGUAGUUGUGGGAGACAUGCGCUUUUCUCAAAGGUAGCUCUAGUUCUUGGUUGCAUUCUUUGUUUCCAAAGAAUCUUUUUACAGAUUUUAUUAGCUAUUUCAUAUUUCCUUCAUUCAAAAAUUGUCUCAAGAGACACAAUCUGGAAACGUCUCCUUCCAACACUUAUUUUAUUCAAAAUAACUGAAUUGUUAUUUCAGUCACCCAUGCAAUAAAAUGGUAAGAAAGAUUCUGAGCUCAAAAGAAGUGUUGAUGAUGAGCUUUUAGGAUCGUUGGAUGUCCGUAUUCCGUCUAAGGUUUAUCAAAGUACAUCUUCUUAACCCAUAACAUCACCAAAGCUUCAGAGAAUUGUCAUUGGAUGAUCCAUUUUUUUCGUGUCCUUCAAAUCUAGAUUAUCCGAAUUUUGCUUGUCAUGAAUACCGAGGUGAAUACUUUAAAAAUCUUCUUUUCAGACUCCUCGGACCCGAUUUAAGAAUAUUGUCAUGGACAUAUUUCUUGAGUGACUGUCUGUGAAAUAAUUUCAAAUUAUCCGUUUUGUAACAAAGCAUGACCGCUUGGGUUGUGUGGAUAGGUUUUCUGUAUAUAGCCAUAAUGAAAGCUUAGGUUUACUUAUUAUGUAUAGUAAUAUAUUUAUAUUGUUUAAUCGUCUUCUUGUCAGGACAUGCAAGUCUGGCCCCAUUUUCAGUGUCACCCGCGUUUGAUAAUGAAACUAAAUUUGUCACUGGAUCCAGAUUGCAUGAUUAAAAUCAAAUAUUCUAUUAAUGACUAUUUUUAAGUGACUAUUCAGUACUAAUUUUAACUCUAAACUGGAAUUUAGUGUUGAAGUUUUAGCAAAACUUUCUAUAACAAUUUCAAUCUCAAAUUCAGCUAAUCACAAAAAUAUUUUGUGAACAUAAGACCAUGUUACCCAACCAAAAUAGAACAUUUUGUCAUAAGAAUAAAUAUUGUAAGCCCAUAUUUCUGACAGAAUAAUAAAAAUACAGUGACAACUGAUUACAUUUCUCAAAGAAAAGUUAAGAGAAUUACGAUUUCCUUCACUUUGUCUGUCUUCUUUGCUACGAAAGGCUACGAAAUUGGAAGACUACAAAUGAAAUUCUAUUAAAAUCAAAAUGCAUACACAGCUUUCUAAAUAUUUUACCUUAAUGGUGGUUGAUCAGAUUUUGGUCAAUUAAUGGAUUUGUUCAAAGGUUUAACAAAUGAUCAUUUAUACUUAUUUGUGUUCAAUUGCAGCUUACUGUUAGAUUGUCUAUGAAGGCACUUUCAAUAUUUGAUGUUCUUAUCCUGGUUGUUCAAUCGAGGUAAAAGUAUUUUAGCAUAUGUAUAAAUAUAAUUAAAAAAAAUUGCCAAAUGAAUGAUAUAAAAACUUUUGUAUCAUAUUUAUCAAAGAUUUAAAUUGACAAAUUUAUUAGAAAUGAAAUUUGUAAACUUAUCAUUGCCUCCCUUUACCUAUCAUAGUUGCGCAACCAGAAUGGAUUUGAAACAGACAAAUUCAGAAGCCACACUCUAUACUAAAACUUACGUUUUGACUCAGAUUUUUUUUAAAUAUCCCAGUAUCUAUAAACAAAACUGGAAAAAGUCCACUUUUUGAAGAGUAUACUAUUAAAUGGGAGAUUUUACAAAAUUAAAUACAAAUUAAUAUAAAGAUUUAUUUCUAAGGGAACUAACACUAUGUAAUUGGUCUUUUUCGUUUAUUAAAUAAAUCUGUAACGAAGUAUAUCGAAAAUAAAAUUAAAUGUUAUAAAAGGUCGCCAAAUGUGGCUUACGACCUUUAAUGGAAGACAAUUUCAUAAAAGAAAAAAGACAUACAUUACUGAAAGGAUUCUGGACCUAUGUAACGAACCUUUCUGUGCAUAGACUAAAAUAUUAUAAAACAAAAAUGCUUAAAUGCUAUCCUUUUUUUAGAUAGAAACGUCUCUUCUACUAACACAUUUUAAAAGAAACUAAUUGAUGUUUUUUUUGUAACUACAUGUACGCCCAAUAUAUACCAGUAAGAUUUGUUCUGUAUAAUACAUUUUUUAUGUGAUUUUCAUGUGUAAAACUAUGUCAUUUCCACAUUGUGGUCUCCAUUACUGAAUGUUUUUUUUCCACAAUGUAAGUAUUAGAUAUUGUGUUAUUGUAAAAUUAGGUUUAAGUUUUUCCAAAAGGUGGCAAAAAUGUUUGCAAUAAAUGCAUACUGUGUUCAAAAUAAUUGAAAAGAAACUGUAUAGACAGACAAAAACAGAGUGAAUUAUUUUUGGCCUUUAAGAUGAAUAGUACAUUACGUAACAUAAUUUAUCCGUGAGAUUCAUAUUUCAUUGAUACGUUUGAAUGAGAGUGUAUGUUUGUUUAAUGUUAAAUCUAUUUUUAAUAAAAUUAGAUUCCAAGCAAAGAUAAGCGGACCUUUGAGAAAAAUAGGAAAUCUGUUUCUGUAGGAAAGCUUAGAUGUUUUCCUUUUGAUAACAGUGUUACUCCGUUACAAAAAGCAUUUUUUCUUAUCAAAGCUAUAACAGAAAUGAAUUCUUUUUUUUAUUUUUCUUAUUCUAUAGAUGAUUUUUUUUUGCGCGUCACAGUUUCAGUUAGAAAGAAAGUGAUGCAACGACGCAGUGAAAAAAAUCAAAAAGGUUAUUUCUAAAGGAAAAUAUCUCCUUGCUUGGAAAAGGAAAUGUUGAAAAGAAUGAGAAAUAAUGUUACAUUUGCCCUGAUUUAUGUACCCUGUUUAAAUCAAUAGAUAAAAUAUAAAAUAAUACAAACAAAAACAAAAAAAAAAAAACAACAAAAAAAGCAAAAAAAAAAAAAAAAAAAAAAAGUAGCAAAAUAAAAAAGUAAAAAAAAAGAUAAAAAAAGAAAUAUAAAACAGCAUACAAAGAAACAAAACAGAAUGUAUAUAUUUAUGUUUGGUAGAUUGUAAAAAAAAAAAAAAAUUCUUUAAAGAGAGAUUUUAAAAAGAAGGAAACUGAUUAUGUAAUAGAAAGAGCAUUGAAACUCUCGGGUGAACGAUUUGUACGAGGGGGCGUAGUCCCCGAGUAUAAAUCGUUUACCCGAGAAUUUUAAUGUUCUUUCUGUUUUGUAUCAUAGCUAUCCAUAUAUGGUGGUUCAGUAUGCGUUCCGCAUUGCCAUGUAUAGCAGUUCAGUGAGACAUAAAAUCCUUGCUUUACAAAUGUGUAAAACCCAGGUAAAAUAAUCCAAUGCGAGAACAGAAAACCAAUAAAAUACACUUCGCUGUUUGCUGUUCCAGACUAGCUGGGAUACUUGUUCGGUAACUAGCGUGCGGGUAUCUAAUACCUACACACUUUUAGUUACCGCACCCUCCACUCAGUGUAUACAAUUUACCUGCACCAAAUUUGUUAGGAAAAUCACCGAGCUAUGAUACGGUGUUCCGUUGGGGACAUCGCAGUUUCGCGUUGUCGUCCAAAGGGCGAAAUCGCGAAAACACGAUAUUUUGACGCUAAAACGCGAUAUUUUGACGCGAGAACACGAAGCAAAAAUAUCGCGUUUUCGCGCUGUUAAUAUCGUGUUUUCUCGUUUUCGCCCUCGAUCUGGCAUAUAGGGAAACGUUUAUGGGCCUCGCAAUGUCGCUUUAGAUAACGCAAAUAUCGACAUAAUAUCGCGAGAAAUCAACAUAUUAUCACAACAAGUCGAUAUAUUUUAUUGACAUAUUGCAUUCAUUUUUCCAAUGUUUAACCACUUUUUCUCGUGAUCCGCGUAAACUAUAAAGAUAUUUCGACAUAUAAUGACGAUAUGAAACGACCCUUUCUUGAUUUUCUAAAGUGAGUUCUCGUAAUAUAUAGUAAUUGCUUUCUUUAGAAAUAUGGAAUUUGGGUUUACAGGCCCGUACGAAGUAUUUUAUGCUAGUAAGACAAAUCAACUAGAUGGAAGUUCAAUCAGUAGAAUAAACGCAAUUUUGGAAAUUAUUUCGGAAAUUGUUGCACUGACCCUGUUCCUAGAAGCCUGACUUACCGCCAAUAUAAACUGACCGUAGGGCAGGUUAGACUGUACUUUUACAACUAUAAAUCAGCACUUAGUUUGUAAUUUUUGGGAGCGGGAUGUGUUAAAAAAGCGGUUCCUAAAAACAACAGUAACGUUACCAUAAUUCCUUUGAAUUCUGACAACACACAAAAGAUAUAUGAAUGUACACAAAAAACAAGUUCCAUAUUUCCUGUCAUGAAUAACAAAAUCUGGAAAGUAGAUCCCUCGGAAGCACCGAGAACAAGGCAAACAGUGAAAAUUGCAGACUCGGUUUGAUUGAGUCUGUUCAUGAGCAGUAAUGUAAAAUGCAACACUGCCCACGCCCUCUAAAACUUGUAGAAAUUAUCGAUGGAAAAGUAUACACUAUUCAAGCUGACCACUUAUAGUAUGUAAGUUCCUAAUCCAUGUGAGAUGACAUAGAUAGCAGAUAGUGUUACAAACAUAUUGGUCCGUCAAAUGCAAUGCAACAGAUAUUUUAGGAAACCCAAGCAGUCUUAAUCUACUUAAUAAAAAACUCAACAUUUUAUUUAUUUAUUUCCCUUAAUCAUCUUUUUAAAGAAAUCCGACUGUAUUCUAGAUGUACUUCAUAAAAAUAUUAAAACUUGUUUAUAUUUUUAGUUUAAGAAAGUGUUGUUAUUUUCGAACGUUCUUUAAUAAAAUACAUUCAUGAAACAUAAUCAUUGUAUUUUUUUUUAAAGUGAACCUCGGGCAUUGUACUUCCGGGUUAUGACAUCACCAGGAAAAAUCGUCUGGCGGAAGAAGCUCGAUUGAGCAUAAAUUUUUAGCAAGAAAAAUUAAUCAGACAUAGAUUUGUCUAUAAUGUCGGAAGGUGGUGUGCACAAGGCAUAUCUAGUCCAGUCUAUUUAAAGGGUAAUGUCCCGCCAAAUACUAAAUUUCAUGGGAUUCACGGCUAAGCCGUGGACUAGGACUAUUUGUAUUUCCACGGGAUUCACGAUAUAGCCGGGAAAUCUGACUACUUUGGCGCGGAUUGAAAUUGACAAUUUGAGGCCCAUUAUAGUGGUUUUGGGGAUAAAAACAUAAAUUACUGAAGUUUAUAAAAUAUCAACUUUCUUAUUACUGAACCGAAUUUAAUGAAAUUUACAUGGAAAUUUAAGUUAUGAAAUACAGAAAAACAUGAGAGGUAUUUUAUGCGUGAAAUCUGACAUUUACCCCAAUAACUCAAAAAUUUACAAAAGGAUGAUGCAAUACCUGCAUUUACACUACAGAUAAAAUAAGGCCAGUAUGUCAAUUUGUGACAGUAUCAUUACAGCUUACGCGGAUCUCGAGAAAAAAUGAUUAAACAUUGAAAAGAUGAAUGCAAUAUGUCAAUAAAAUAUAACGACUUGUUAUGAUAAUAUGUUGAUUUCUCGCGAAAAUAUGUCGAUAUUUGCGUUAUCUUACACGACAUUGCGAGGCCCAUAAACGUUUCCGUAGGCAUCGUCUUUUCGCGUUUUCGCCUUUGUGGUAAGUAGGGCAAACGCUUACAAGACAUUUGAGAGACCGUAAAUUCGACCCCGAUACAUUUCAACCCCAACUCAUUGUACAUUUUGACCCCUCCUUGGACAUUUCAACCCCUACCUAAUCCCUUUUUUGACACCUAUUCUUUAAUAUGCAUGGAGGUAAAAAUAUGUAGCAGUGUAGUUAUUAAUCCAUUUUAGAGUUAAUUGAUAAAGAUAAUAUGUAUAACAUGUAAUAGAAUGAUGAAAUCGGGAUUGACUUGAUCUUUUCUUUUUGAAGGUGAUAUAGGUUUUGAUUUCUUUUAAUAUUUAGAUAACUGUUAUUCAAUAUUAUACGUGUAUAUGCUUGCUCGCCUAUCUACCUUUUCAUCAGUCAAAGAAGGUAGAACUUGCUAAGACGUUAUUGAGUGUGUUUUACAUGACAUCUAUAUCAUAAUUAGAAGGCAGUCUGAAGAAUAUACCUGCGUACCAGUUUACAAGUAUUUUAUUUAGAGCAGGGAAAUGUCUCUAAAUGUAUUCCUCUUUUUUUGUAAGUAUAUAUAUAUAUAUAUAAAAUACUGUGUGAAUCUAGGCGAUGCUCUUGUUGAAAAACACGCACUAAUUAAUAUAAGUGUAUAAAGCGGCAAUGUUUAGCCACAUCUGCACUAAGAAAAUGGUAACAUACUAAUAGAAUAACGAAUCAAAUUAUCAACUUAAAGAUGUCAUCGUCAAAAUCUCAAGUUAAGCCACCCCCCCCUCCUCACCCACUCCCCCAGGCCACCCCCACCACCAAAAUAAAAAAAAAAACAAAAAAAAAACAUUUGGAUUGGCGAGAAACACAAUGGCAUAUUUUUACAUUGUUGUAAAUUAAAGUCAUACCGCUUCUCAAAUAGCUACAAGGUCAGAAAAAGAUAGAAACUGGUAAAGUUCUGCAUGCCGGGAGUCAGUUAUAGUUUCCAUACGGCGCUAUAUUCAGAUUUACAACAAUGUAAAAAAUAUUGAAUAUUUUGCUAUUAUGCGAAAUAAAAUUUGUUUCUUUUUCACUUUCACACUACUGAUAAAAAUAGAAUAAACACCCAAAUCGCAUCAAUACUUUAUUUGCAAAAAAUGUAAAUAGCACGUCGGCUUGAGUUUCGUGAUCAGUUGAGAAUAAGCCCAGUGUCAUAAAAUGCUCUCUCUAUAUUUUAUCCAUUCGUUUUGUCUAUCGUUUUGUCUGUCAAUCAGUCUGUCUGUCUGUCUGCCUGUCUGUCUAUAUAUAUUAUUGUAUGUUCGUAUGUCAUAUACUACAGAUGGAGUCUGCGAUAGAUUGUCCUUGAAAUGAAAAAAAUAUUCUGUGACAACUAGCGGGAGCUAAAAGAAGCAAGAUGUUGGGGCAGAUGUUUAUAUUGUAUGCAUGAAAUAUACCAUGUACAAGUCUUUAACAAAAUCUGUCGAGCAUUAUUUAAAGGUUUGGACCAAAGAAGUUCCAUAUAAGGAAUGUUAACCCAACACCAUUCUCAAAUUUAAAAUGUGUUGGUGUGUAUAUAAUCAAAGAGUAUCCAAACGUUCUGAAAAAAUGGUAAAAGCGUGUAUAUAUCUUUGUAUAUUUUAUAUGAUUACUUUUUCAGUGAAACCACAUUUGAAAUAGGACUAAUUGUUUUAUUGUUCCUGUUUUAUUGGUAAAACAUUCGUGAAAAUGUGGUAUCCUUCUUCUUGGCCUUUUCGAAAAAAAAAAUGACCGAAAGUAAUGUGAACGUGUAUUAAACAUGUAUUCAAGUUCAUUCUAUUCAUUAUUUAUUUGGUUGUUGUUAGCGUAGUCCUAACUAGUUCAAUCCAUUGCUAAUCAAUCAUAAGUGCAGCAAAAUUUGAAUUUUGAGACACAUUUUCCAUUUCAAGACAAUGCCUGGGUACCGUUGUAAAAUUGCAUUGUUUUAUAAAUAAGUGACAUUAAUUCAGUUAAAACUUCAGAUCUUAUUUGGGAAGAUGUCGGAGUACUGGCAGAGUUAUUUUGUUUUUGUAAUGUUUGAACGAAAUUAUUACAUUCGAAUAUGCAAAUGAACAAUUUUAAGCACGGUUCUACAUAAACUACUUCUGCACAAUUUUAUAAACCCAAAGUAAUGAAGUAACCUCAUUGUUCUGGAUAACAUAAAAUAUAGCCUAGACUCGUCAUAUGAGCCGCGCCAUGAGAAAACCAACAUAGUGGCUUUGCGACCACUAUGGAUCCAGACCAGCCUGCGCAUCCGCCGCGCAGUCUGGUCAGGAUACAUGCUGUUCGCUUUUAAAGCCUAUUGGAAUUAGAAAAACUGUUAGCGAACAGCAUGGGGCCUGACCAGACUGCGCGGAUGUGCAUCAGGCUGGUCUGGAUCUAUGCUGGUCGCAAACCCACUAUGUUGAUUUUCUCAUGGCACGGCUCAUAUAGGGUCGAAAAUCUAUGUAUGAAUUAUUGGGGUUCAUGCGUAUCAUAAAUGAAAUUUUUCUAAAAUUGUAAUUGUUAAAAUGUUGACAAAUAAAAUAGUUCCAAUAAUGUUUUCAAAUCAGAAAGAAUUUUUAGACAUAUAUCAUAAUAUCUAAAAAACACAUAGAAAUGUACAUUUUACUUGGCUAUAUAUUCCAAUUUAUAUGUACAUAAUUCAAAACAGUGAUGAGAAGUUUUAAUAAAAUCUGCAAAGUAGAAAGUUUUCUGUUUGCAAAAAUGUUAUCGAAUAUCUUGUGUUUUACUUUGUAUACAUACUUCAGUCAUGUUACAGUUUUCUCUGAAAAGGUUACAUGUCCUACUAAAUACAACAUCUUUAAAAAUACUUUAUCUAUGUUUGGCUAUAAAUGUAUAUGCGCAUUUUAAUACCAAAUAAAUAAUAUGUUAUGUCACAUUUGUGACUGGAAAAGUGGAUCUAUUGCCGACACGAAAAAAACAAAAAAAAACUCAAAAUAUCCUAAGAUCGCGUCUCUCGAAUUAACUGUCUAUCGAAAUGUCUUGCAAGCGUUUGAAGGCGAAAUUACAAUAUUAAAACAUCGUGUUUUCGCGGUUUCGCCUUUGCAGUUGAGAGGGCGAAAACGCGAAAACACGAUACAAGAUCGCGAAAACACGAUAAAAAAUUAUCGCGUUUUCGUGCUAUCAAUAUCGCGUUUUCGCCCUACUUACCACGAAAGCGAAAACACGAAAAGACGAUAGCAGAUCGAGGGCGAAAUUGCGAAACGCGAUAUUAACAGCGUGAAAUCGCGAUAUUUUUUGCAUCGUGUUUUCGCGUUAAAGCAUCGUGUUUUCACGUCAGAAUAUCGUGUUUUCGCGAUUUCGCCCUAAGGACGACAACGCGAAACUGCGGUGGCCCCAACGGAACACCGUAAUGAUACAACUUUCUUUUUAUGUUCAUUUGGUUAGGUUACAUUGUUAUAUACCAACUUAAUUUGCAAACAACUACAAAUUGAAACGUGUUUAUGUUUUAUGUUAUCUUUGUUUCCGAUACGUUUAUAUUAGUUUAUAUUGCCUCAUCUGUCUGGUAGUCCGGAUUUUUUUACUGUACCAUAAUAUCUAUCAAUUACCAUUUUAUCAAUACGUUACCUUUCACAGUAAUUAUAUCUUCCGGCUAACAAUAAUGCCUCAAUAUUAGAGGAGACAUAUUGUUUUAAUCUGUCUGUUAACAAAGUUAUAGGUUCUUAUACAUUAUCAAUUAAAGUAAUGCGAAUGGACACCCGGUAUGCUUUUCCCGAUUAAUAUAUACAGUUUCUAGAAACGAAUUAAUAUUACAUAAUAUCAAUCACUGAUAAAUUUCAUUGUUGAUAUGUUUUUGUUAGCUGUAAACUGAAGUUCGUACUAUUUUCACUCAUGCAUACAUCCAAAGACAAAGGGGGAAGACAUUGUUAAUAAAAUGUGCGAACAGAUAAACAAUACAGUGACAUACAACAUGUUUUUAUCAUUUAAAUGCUGGUAGUGCCGUCGUCAUAAAAGAAAUGAAAUCAUUGGAAGCAUUAAGCAUAUCAAGUGCAAUCAGAGGCACAGAAUCAUAACUAUCUGUUAAAUUCAUGCUUUUGCUUUAUCAUAAAAAUGUAUUUAUAUGUAUUGAUAUGCAUGUUUAGUUGUAUAUGUAUUAUUAUGUUGUUAUUUUAUCCUUUUAUUUAUUCAACCAUUCAGCAAUCAUUUGUCAAUUUACAAACAGAUAAAUUGUUUAACAAAAAAGGCUUAUGUAUAAAUUUGUCCGGAAAUAUCUGUUCUUUCGUAGUAUAGCUGUGAACGUUUGUACCGCUCUUAUUAUAAACUUAUCUACACUUGGCGUUAACAUACACAUUUAUGGCCUGUGCUAAUAUCAAGUAGUUUGCGAAAUUAGUAAAUUCCGAACUUGAACGUUUAAGUAUAUGACGUACUGUAUCAUAAUAUUAUGUAAUAUCUCAAAAAAUGAAGCACACUAAAUGCAGACUACUCAUCAGCUAUAUAAGAUAGAACAGAUACACUGGUGAAGACAUGAAUUAUUUUGUUGUACAUGUCUAUUGAAACAAAUGAACUAAAUCAGUUAAUAAUACUUAGUACGUUCAACCAAAUAGUUUUCUAUAAGAUAUUGUAUGCUAAUAAUAUGUCUGCAUCAGUGCACAUGAAUGACAAAAUAGGCAAACAUUUAUUCUAUAUUGAUUUUGAUAAAGCAUGGGUAUACUUUUGAGCACUGAAUCGACCCAUUUUUAGUGUACUGACGUACAUUCUUGUUAAAAAAGUUAGUUCGUUGAUUAAAAUAUUAUUAUCAAAACUUUAAGGAAAUAUUAUAUAAGAUUUAGAAAAUGAUUAUUUUGGGCAUGGUGGUGCUAGGAAUAUAUACGUAUGUUACUGGUUUGAUUCGAAACAGGAUACUCUAAGUAUUGUAAGAUGGUAUAUUUGUUCGACUUAAGAUUUUGUUGCAGCAAUAGUAAGUUAAUAUAUGAUACACGAAAAUGCAGAAUGCAUACAUCGCCAUUGCCGACACCUGGAAGUGUCGGUGAAAAAUGUAUUUAAAUGUUUCUUUAAUAUUUUGGUAAUAAUAUAACAUGUACUUUCACGCCGUAUUUGAAUCAUUGUAAGAUCAGUGUCCAAGCACACUGUUAUGGUUACCAAUAAGGUCGUAAGUAGUAUAUAUGUUUCCUGGCUGGUUUGGUGAUAGUAAAAACCUUAGUAUGAUGUUAUAUACCGGUAUAUACUAAACAAACCUGUGUUUUGUCAAUAUUUUCAAACUAGCCAACCGAUAGAAAUGUGCUGAAUUGAACAUUAUAUAUGAAAUCUGAAUGUCGAAUACAACAACCUCGAUAGGACCCUUUUUGUUUAUUCAUGCCACUAAAACUAGCAUAAUUUGUUCAUAGAACUUUAAUUAAACUUAUUUUUGUCUUUGUAGAAUAUGUAUUUUAGUACAAAAGAAUUAGACUCUUCCACGCGUUAGAUACUACAUAUUAACCUCUGUAUUUGCUAAGACAGAUCAGUGUAACAGACUACAAAAGAAUACGACAAAAAGUUAAAUUCCAGAUUAGCUCUCGGAACGAAAUGAUUGAAUUUACCUAUAUAAGACGAAAUAACAACAAGUAUCAUUUUUAUUUUCAAAGCAGUAUUGCAUUAUUUUAAAUAUUAGAUUUACCGUCUAGAAAGCAAGUUGGAGUCAAACUCAUUAUAUCAGCAUCGGUUAAGUGUGGUAAUGUUAACGUGCAUUUAUUUCAACGUAUCAUCUUAUAUGAUUUUAUAUAAUGCGAAAGUCCAUUCAUUUUACACAGGUCUCUCUCUUUAAUUUUUAUUUUGUUGGGUUGUACGUCAUACCGACACAACUAAAGGUCAUAUGGCGACUUUGCAGUUUUUGAUGGUGGAGGAAAACCCCGAAUGUCCCUCCGUGCAUAAUUUCAUGACGGACAGGCACCUGGGUACAACAACCGACCUUGCCUUAGCCAGCUGGAUGGCUUCCUCACAUGAGGAACUCCACCCAAAGUAAGGCUCAAACCCACAUCGGUAAGGGACAAGUGAUUCAAAGUCGGCGACCUUAACCACUCGGCCACGGAGGCUCCCCUUUAAUUUAAAGACAACGCUUUGAAUGGAUGUUACAUUGAUCAUUGAUACCGGUUGGCUAGUUCACUUUUAGUAAACAUUGAUAUAUUAACAAUGAAUAUUCUACGUUAGAUUCAACAAUAUAUUGUAACCCGGAAAUAGCUAAUCAGAUUUUCGAUUAAAGAUAUUGUUUUAUUGUAUUUAAUUCCAUGCAUAUACCACCAGAAACAAAGCUUCUAAGAAUAUCAUACAGCCUCUCCAUGUCAUUAUAUCCAUUUUUCUAAAACACAUUUAAAGCAGUGUAGCGACUACCAAGUUAUUGAAUUAUGUUGUUAUAAACUAUCAUAGAAGUAAUUAAAAUCGGAUGGAUACCCGAUAUGCUUUUUUCAAUUAAUAUUUGCUUUUUCUAAAAUAGACAGGAAUAAAUUAUUGUUUCUGUUGAUAUAUUUGUGUAAGCUGUAACAGAAGUUUGUACUAUUUUAAUUCAAAGGCAAAGUGUAAAGACAUAAUUCAAAUGUGCGAACAGAUAAAUAAACAGUGACAUUCAGCAUGUUUGUAUUGGUAAUGCCGCCGUCAUGAAAAUCUGUAAUCAUUGGAAGCAUUAUGCUUAUCAAAUGCAAUCAGAGUCACAUACUCUUAAUAAUCGGAUAAUAAUCAGCUAAAUUCAUGUUUUUUCUUUAUAAUAAAAUUGCAUUCUUAUGUAUUAAUACACAUGUAAUUAAUACACAUAUAUUAUUAUGUUGUUAUUUUAUCUAUUUAUUUGUUAAACCACUCUACAAUCAUUUGUCAACUGACAAACAGACGAGCUGUUUAACAAAUAAAGGCUUAAGCCUAAAUUUGUCUGAAACUAUCUGUUCUUUCGUACUGUAGCUGUGAACGUUUGUACCGCUCUAUAAACGUAUCCAAUUCACAUUUAUGGCCACCACUAUCACAAUUGUGCUAAUAACGAUAGAAACAAAUGCAAUAUUUUGCGAAAACUUGUAAAUGUCGAGCUUCAACGUUACAAGUAUAUGGUCAUGUAUCACAAUGUUAUGUAAUAUCUCAUAUGAACAAAAACAAAUUAAAUACAGAUUGUUCAUAAGCUGCGAAAGACAGAACAGAUACACUGGUGAAGACAUGAGUUAUUUUGUUGUAGAUGUCUAUAGAAACAAAUGAACGAAAUCAGUUAAUGAUACUAAAUAGUUUUCUAUAAGAUAUUGUAUGCUAAUGAUAUGUCUGCAUCAGUGCACAUGAAGGACAAAAUAGGCGAACGUUCAUUUUAUAUUGAUAUUGAUAAAGCACGGGUAUAAUUAUGAGCACUGAAUCGACCGGUUUCUAGUGUACUGGCAUGCUUUCUUGUUCAAAAUAUAGUUCGUUAAUUAAAAUAUUAUUAUCAAAACUUUAAAGAAAUAUUAUAUUAGAUUUAGAAAAUGAUUGUUUUUGGCAUGGUGGUUCUAGGAAUAUAUUCCUAAGUUACUGGUUUCAAAACAAGAAAUGGAUACUUUAGGUAUUGUAAGAUGAUAUAACUGUUGGACUUAAGAUUUUUUGGCAGCAAUAGUAAGUUAAUACCUGAUGCACGAAAAUGAAGAAUGCAUACAGAGCCAUUGCCGACACUUGGAAAGUGUGGGUGAAAAAUGUAUUUAAAUGUUUCUUUAAUAUUUUGGUGAUGAUAUUACAUGUACUUUCAUGCCGUAUUUGAAUUAUUGCAUGAUCUGUGUCCAUCUGGUUGGUUUGGUGAUAGUAUAAACCUUAGUAUGAUGUUAUGUACAUACUAAACAAACCUGUGUUUUAUCGAUAUUUUCAAACUAGCCAACCGAUAUAAAUAUGCUGAAUUGAACAUAUAUGUGAAAUCUGACUGUUGAAUACAGCAACCUCGAUAAGACCCUUAUUUAAGAAAUAAUUUAUAGCAAAAGAGUGUUUUAUCACCAUUUAUGCACGAUGGGCGGUUAUACGUCGGGCGUAAUAAUAUCACGAGGGCGCAGCCCGAGUGAAAUUAUUUCUACGACGUAUUACCACCCGUGUGUAUAAAUAGUGUUAAAACACGGUUUUGCUAUAAAUUAUUUCGAUCUAAUAUGCCCUUAAUCUAAAACAGUAGAUAAAAUAUAGAAGCGCUCUUUCUUUGUCGCAACAAAAACUUUGACGUCACCGCAUGUUAACGUGACGUCAUUCUAGCGUAAGAGUGCUUUAACAGAGACAAGCAUAUUAGAAUUGUUUAUUAAUGCCACUAAAACUAGCAUAAUUUAUUCAACUUGGAUUUAAUUCAUUUUUGUCUUUGUAGAAUAUGUAUUUUUGUACGAAAGAUUAUGAUAAAAAGUUUAAUUCCAAAUUAGCUCUCGGAACGAAAUGAUUAGAUUUUUGCAUCUAAGAGUACAUUAUCAAGUUAUCUUUUUAUUUUCAGAGCAACAAUGCUUUAUUUUAAAUAUCAAAUUGUACCGAGUAAAAAACUCAUUAUAUCAGCCUCAGUUAAGUGUGGUAAUGUUAACGUGCAUUGUUUCAACGGAUUAUCUUAUAUGAAUUUUAUUUAAUGUGGAAGUUCAUUAAUUUUACAUAUAUCUCAAUCUUUUUUCUAUUUUAUGUUGGGUUUACGUCAUACCGACACAAGUAUAGGUCAUAUGGCGACUUUGCAGUUUCUUAUGGUGGAGGAAGACCCACAGUAUCCCUCCACGCAUUAUUUAAUCACGGACAGGCUCCUGGGUAGAACAAUCGACCUUCCCUAAGCAAGCUGGAUGGCUUCCUCACGCGAGGCUCGAAAUCACAUCGGUGAGGAACAAGUGAUUCAAAGUCAGCGACCUUAACCACUCGGCCACGGAGGCUCCCUUUGUUUUAAAUACAAUGUUCUGAGUGGAUGUUACAUUGGUCAUUGAUACCGGUUGGCUAGUUCGCUUUUAGUAAACCUUGAAAUAUUAACAAUGCAUAGUCUACGUUAGAUUCAACAACAUAGUGUAACCCGGAAAUAGCUAAUCAGAUUUUAAUGAAAGA